AUGGAUAACCAAAUUUCGCCCGAGGCCCAGGUGGCCGAACUGGAACUUGACGCCGUGAUCGGCUUCAAUGGACAUGUUCCCACUGGUCUCAAAUGCCAUCCUGACCAGGAACAUCUGAUUUAUCCUCUGGGUUGCACGAUCCUCAUUCAGGCAAUAAAUACCCAUGAGCAGAAUUUCCUGCAUGGUCACGAGAACAACGUCUCCUGUCUGACCAUCUCCACGGGUGGAGAUUACAUUGCCUCCGGACAAGUCACAUUCAUGGGGUUCAAGGCAGAUAUCAUUUUGUGGGAUUAUAAGAAAAGGGAGCUGAUUGCUCGACUGUCACUUCACAAGGGCAAAAUCGAAGCUCUGGCCUUUUCGCCAAAUGAUUUGUACUUGGUAUCGCUAGGAGGCCCAGAUGAUGGAAGCGUGGUGGUGUGGAGCAUAGCUAAGAGAGAUGCCAUCUGCGGCAGUCCUGCGGCCGGCCUCAAUGUUGGGAAUGCCACCACGGUGGUCUUCUCUAGGUGCCGAGAUGAGAUGUUUGUGACUGCUGGCAAUGGGACUAUUCGCGUAUGGGAACUGGAUCUUCCAAAUAGAAAGAUCUGGCCAACAGAGUGCCGAACGGGACAGACAAAAAGAAUAGUCAUGAGUAUUGGAAUGGCUGGCGAUGAUAGUUUUUUCUACCUUGGCACCACAACUGGAGAUAUUCUAAAAAUGAACCCAAGGACUAAACUGCUCGCGGAUGCUGGGCCCGCAAAGGACAAAUUCAGUUUGGAUAGGGCCUGUUGCUUUGUCAUUUGGAACUACAUUGAUUCCAGCCCAGUCACCAUAGGUAAGAGAAGUAUGCUCUUUGAUCUGAAAAUUCAGUUACAAGGUGGCAUCACUUCCAUCACACUUCGAGGAGAAGGACACCAAUUUUUUGUAGGAACAGAAGAAUCAUACAUUUAUCGUGUCAACUUCACAGAUUUCAAAGAGACUCUGAUUGCAACUUGUCACUUUGAAGCUGUUGAGGAUAUUGUCUUUCCAUUUGGCACUGCUGAACUUUUUGCCACCUGUGCCAAGAAGGACAUCAGGGUGUGGCACACGUCAUCCAACAGGGAGCUGCUGCGGAUUACUGUGCCCAACAUGACCUGCCACGGCAUUGACUUCAUGAGGGACGGCAGGAGCAUCAUUUCAGCAUGGGAUGACGGCAAAAUCCGAGCCUUUGCCCCGGAGACAGGCCGACUGAUGUACGUCAUAAACAGCGCUCACAGGAUCGGUGUCACCGCCAUCGCCACCACCAGUGACUGUAAAAGGGUCAUCAGUGGUGGUGGGGAAGGGGAGGUGAGGGUGUGGCAGAUAGGCUGCCAGACCCAGAAGCUGGAGGAGGCCCUGAAAGAGCACAAGUCCUCCGUGUCCUGCAUUAGGGUGAAGAAGAACAAUGAGGAGUGUGUCACUGCUAGCACUGACGGGACUUGCAUCAUUUGGGACCUUGUGCGUCUUAGGAGGAAUCAGAUGAUCCUGGCCAACACCUUAUUCCAGUGUGUGUGUUAUCACCCCGAGGAGUUCCAGAUCAUCACCAGUGGAACAGACAGAAAGAUUGCUUACUGGGAAGUAUUUGACGGGUCAGUAAUCAGAGAGUUGGAAGGUUCCUUGUCUGGGUCAAUAAAUGGUAUGGAUAUCACGCAGGAAGGAGUGCACUUUGUCACAGGUGGAAAUGACCAUCUGGUCAAAGUUUGGGAUUAUAAUGAGGGUGAGGUGACUCACGUUGGGGUGGGACACAGUGGCAACAUCACGCGAAUCCGGAUAAGUCCAGGAAAUCAAUAUAUUGUCAGCGUAAGUGCGGACGGAGCCAUCUUGCGGUGGAAGUACCCUUUUGCCUCCUGA